AUGGAGACAUUCAUAUUGUCGUCUGAUUCUGAUGAUGAUUCUGGACCACCACCAUCAAAAAGAAGAACAAUUGAAGGAAUUCCUAGGAGCUUUAGUGGAGAUAAGAAAAUUAGGUUCUCAUUCGGUGCCUCCAAUAUGUCGCAGGACACAACUCAAGAAAUAAUUCCAGAAGAUACAGACACAGUUCCCCUCACAAUUCCAUCUACACCUGCUCUGUCCGGCAAAUUUGACUCGAAAACUCCAAAAUCCGUUCGUCGUCGAUCAGUAUCGAUGAGCUGUUUCACACCGAUUGUUGAAACAAUCAAUCAACCUCCAACAAAUCAAGCGUGCUCCAGUUUUCUUCAAAAGGAAUAUAAUUUUCAUGAUUUGAGUAGUGACGAAGAAGGAGGUGACGGAGGAGCAGGUUGUUCCAAGGAUGAAGACAAAAUAAUUGAGGAUAAUCUGAAUUUGCGAGCACUUCUCAGUCCUGAAAAGAAGAAACGCAAGGAAAAGAUCGAGGAAGUUCAAAAUGAGUUUUACGGAGUUUAUUGUCUCAUCAGUCGUAGCGACCGUCCGUGUUACAAAAAUCGAUGUUACAUAGGCUAUACGGUAGAUCCGAAUCGACGAAUUAUGCAGCACAAUGGUGGAAGAGAUAAGGGUGGUGCAAAGAAAACGGAUAGUCGAGGACCGUGGGAUAUGGUAUGUGUUGUGCAUGGAUUCCCGAACCACGUGGCAGCUCUUCAUUUUGAGUGGGCGUGGCAGAACCCACUGGUCUCAAAAUCUUUGAAGGAAAAACAGUUGAGAAAAGAGAGAAAAGAGACUCCGUUCGCAUUUCAACUCCGUAUCGCCUGCGAACUGAUGAACAGUUCCGCAUUCUGCCGAUUUGCGCUCACUUUUCGAUGGCUGAUUACGACAGAAGAACUUCCAUUUCCAACAAGCUGUGUACCACCGGAUCACACAAAACUUCGUUUUGGAAAAGUGAAGAAAGAGAUGAGCCUGGUGCCAUCGAAACGAGAAGAUUAUUUGGAAAUGGGAGAAUGUAGAAUUUGUGGAAAAGAUAUUGAGAAGCUCUGGAGUCUUGUCAGAUGUAUUUCCGCAACUUGUCCAUCACAUUUUCACUCCAAAUGCUUGUCGGAAAACGGUUUGAAACUGAAAAACGAACAUGUGGACCACGUAUACCCGCUGAAAGCCAAUUGCCCAACAUGUGGACAAUUUUAUUUAUGGGGAGAUAUUAUCAGAGAGCAACGACGGAUUAUCAAGAUCUCCACAAAAUGCGCUGAAGAGUUCCAAAACAUGGUUGUGCGGAAAGAACUCCCUCAUCGAGAAAUCAGUCCAAUUUCGUCGAAAAAAUAACGAUUUAAAUAUUUCGAUUAUUGUACUUACUCACUUGCUUUAUUGUCAGAUCACUUAUAACUAACAUUCGAUUCGAAUAAAAAUGGUUUACUGGAA